UGGAACGCGCCAUUGACAUAAUUCCCGUCCAAACAAGUUUUUGCAUCGACUUCACUUUACUCGUUUACCUUUAUUUGUGUUGUUUGUGACUGAUAAUCACUGAGAACUAUUUCGCGAAUUUGGUAUGUAAUUUGAUCGGUGGCCUUGUAUUUCACAAAUACCAUGACCGACUCUGGAGUAGAUACCAGCAACGAGAGUAGUGAUAAUCCCUUAUUCGACAACUGUGUCUUGGAAUUCAGUCCACCAGCUAUACCCAUAAACGAAGCUGGUCAGCCUAUGCCUAUCGACUUUCUCGACGAGCCCCACGAUCACAUCGGAAAGAUUAAAUGUUCUACAAAAGCCAGGCACUGCAGACUAAAGUACCGUUAUGGUGGUGUAAUUUGCACCUCCAGGAACCAUAAACUUCGUCUCGCUGCAUCCACGAAUAAUACUGAACUUGUAGAGAAACUUUUGCUGUCAGGUGCAGAUCCAAACUCUUCAGAUGAGCACAAAAGAAGUCCUCUCCAUCUAGCAGCUUGUCGGGGAUACGUCGACGUCGUAAGAACGCUGUUGAGGCACGGAGCCAACCCAAACAUAAAGGACACUCUUGGCAAUACACCUUUACAUCUAGCUGCUUGUACCAACCACAUUCCUGUAGUUAUUGAACUGUUAGAUGCGGGAACAGAUGUUAGUUCACAUGACAAAAAUGGCAAGAAUCCAAUAGAGUUGGCUCAGAGUAAACUAAAACUGAUACAAAUGCGUCCGAGCGGUGCUGGCCACUUUGAGGAGACCAGGCAACUGAUUGGUGAAAUUUGUAUGGUUGUAGAAAUGAUGUUGAAAUAUAUGAAAAUGCAAAAAGCAGAUGCAGGAGAGCUAGAAUCAGUUCGGAAAAGACUGGAAGGUGUCAGUACCCGUGAACAAGUGGACUCAGAAGUACAAAACUUACUGGACAGUCUCGACUCAUUGAAACUGAGGUAAUUUAUUUAAUAUCAUAAGUAAUUUGAAGACUGUUAACAAAUGAUAAAACUGCCUAAGAAUAGGAGCUCACAAUUUAUUAGAUUAAGCAAUUUAAAGUACGAGAAUUUUUAUUGACUUUUUAAAUAAAUAUUUAAGGCAAAUUAUUUGCUUGUUGCCAUAAUAAGCAUUUUCGAUUUGUCUUUGCUAUUGUAAACUUUAUUAUUAAGAUUAAAAGCGAGGUUAAAUAGCUAUAUAAAUGUUGUUUGGUAUUUACAAGUAAUUUUUAUAGCAAUGAAUUCACACAAUUAA